AUGGCCAUCUUUGCUCGCAAUACAUCUUAUGUGCAGAUCGAGAAGGCGUUGACCGUGGAAGGCGCCAGAAUUGCGCAGUCGAUUGGUAUCAACCGAGCCAUUUACACGGAAGGAGAGAUGGACCUCUGCCAAAGGGCCUUCUGGGUGGUCUAUAUAUUAGAAAAGACGCAGACCUUUGCUUGUGGCAGGGAUUCCAUCUUAGUCGACAGCAAUAUCGGCACACCAAUCCCUCAGAUCCCAGAAGCAGUAUUUGGCGGCUUUGACUACUUGCGUGCCAUGUGUUGCUUCAGUCGAGUGCUGUCCAAAGCAAACGAUUCGCUUUUCUCCAUAACUGCAACCUUGGUACCUUCCAUCGCAAUAAUGACCCUAAUUGAUUCUCUUAAUGGUGAACUCGAGCGCUGGAAGGAGUCUGUAGGCGAAGAUUUCCGACCUGGAACACUCCUUCAACAAUCUGGCUGUUUAAAUAGCCUAUCCGUUGCGGUGAAGAUUAGGUUGAGUUACCACUACUAUAGCGCUGUCAUUGCUCUGGCUCGACUCAAGCUCAGCGUGGCAAGCAGGGAGACAAAUACAGGCAAACUCCCAUGUGAGCAAGUACUUUUGCACGCCUCCCGUUCGAUUGUCGAGCUUACGAGGUACAUCGACGUGGAAACAUACACGCCAAUAUGGUAUCUUCUUUCAGUCCCAUUGUCGGCUAUUUUCAUACUCUUCGACUUUGUGAUACAUAACCCACAUCACCCGGAGACCAACACCAAUAUCUCCCUAUUAGGUAUAGCAGCCGGGUACUUUUGCCGGCUCGAGCUUUCUUCGGGUGGGUGGUUUCCGACCUCCCUGUUAUCUGAACUUGCCCAUAUUGCGCGCGAUUAUGUCUCAGGCUUGAACAAUAGCGCUACAGCAGAACCUACGGUAUUUUCCAGUACUGCAUACUCUCGUCAACCGGACGAAAAUGAAACAAUGGCACAUCCAGGGCUGCCAGCUUCUGGCGAAGAAUCUCUCGCAACAGGGCACGAUCCACUACACGGUGGCGCCGCCAACGAACCCUUUUACUUUCCGACUGAUGGGGAUUUCUUCACAAUCGACGGCAGAUUCUCGGAGGGUGUAGAUUUGACCAGUUUAUUUGCCGCCGAACUCCCGGAUUUUCUGGAUGCUUCUAUAGUGAAUUUAACUUAG